GCGAGUCCAACACCCCCAAGUACAAUACCGGCGACUUCCAUAUCAAUGAGCUGUACGAGUUUUGAAGCAGCGAUUGAGAGGAUCACCUCGCGGUCCGAAUUGCUGCUGAUAGCCUCAGCCUUGUUGCGCGCGCAAGCAGCCAGCUGAAGCUGCGGAUGAGGAGUCAAGACCCCAACAUGGACAUAUGCAUGCAGAUGCCCGUAUGCGGCCACUCAAUAUUGCUUCCUAUCCAACCACACGGCACCAUUACCUGUGAGAUUACGUGCCAGACAGACUGCGCAUACUUAUUACUCCCUUUGGUGGCGCAACAUGCACACUGAUAACCCGACCCGAGGCAACAACUCUGGAGUGGCAUUUUCUCUCAACUCUCAACAAUGACGGAGACUGGCUCUAAGACAGGUCACAGGUACCUUGGAACCACCAUCCAUGGGCGUGGUCAUCAUCUUGGGGAUCAUCUCGGCGACACGAUCAACAACUUUUACGGUCAUUCCACUGUUAACGCAAGUCACUUGAAAGGAGCCACGGCAGCGGUCUUCACAAGUAGACACCAUGAGCAGGAGCCGUUUUGUCUUCAAGGCACCCAUCAGGACGUUUUGCAGGAUAUCUACGCCUGGGCUUAUAACGCUGAAUCCUUACCCGUGUUCUGGUUACGCGGCAUGCCCGGCACGGGCAAAUCAACAAUAGCACGAACCGCAGCGUGGAGCAUCGCAGGAGACCUGCACACGAAAAGGCGCCCUGUUGCGACUUGGGCUUUCUCUCGAAGACCCACAUCGGACCCAACAGAUGGCGAAAGGGAUGCGGAAUCUGAAGAUUCUCCCGACGUAGACGACGCGCAAUAUCUCUUUGACGUUCUCGCCCUCCAACUUAUGAGUUACGAGCCGCUUGAGCCCUACAUUUCACAAUCACUGAGGAGGUCUCAACACUUUCCAGAGAUGGGAUUAAGGCAACGCUGGGAAAACUUUGUGAUUGAGCCACUCAAAGCGGCACAUGAGGCCGAGGUGCUCAAUCAGCCAGCCUGUUUUGUUAUCGACGGUUUGGAUCAGUGCAAGAAGGCAGCUCAAAUUUCCACGAUUCUCAAUGUACUGGAGACGGCUUCAGUCGGGUUACACAGACUGGCCAGAUUUCUCAUAACUAGUCGACCGGAACGCCUGAUCUUCGACAAACUAGGAGACGCUCAAUUUGCUACGUCUUUCAAUCUUGACCAACGCAGUCGAGCCAUCGUCAGAGCGGAUCUGUCCGAAAUCUGUAGCAAUGAGCUUCCGAACUUGGAGACCGAGGCGAUCGACGAGUUAACGUACGCCGCUGACACUUCUUUCUCCUUCAUGAAGCGUGCAUGCGUAUCACUGAAAUCAAGAGCCGGGAGUGCGGUAGAGAAUCGGAAGUAUAUUAUCACAGCAUUCCGGUGGACUAAAGAUAGGACCGAUGACCCCCCCGACGCUGUGUUUAACUACCGUGAGCUCUAUCACAGAUGGUUCGAAACCGUAUCACCGCGAUACCAACAAACCUGGAAGGACAACUUCGCCAAGUAUAUUAACGGUAUGAGCGUCAUGUUUGGGCCUUUACCUUUCGAGUCCUUUACUACACUCAUGGCGCUCGCCUUCGCUACCGAAUCUCACGUUGUUUCAAACUUCAUGCUCGAUGUGCAAUCCGCGGUGGCCAUAUCCAUGGACGUAAAAGCACCGUUGCGUUUCAUUCACUCCUCCUUCAAAAGGCAUUUGUGGGCUAAAAUGUCGCGUUCUGAGAGUGCUCCGUUACAUUCUGCGCUCAUGAGGGGUUGCAUCGAAUUGAUACGCACCAAAGGACAGAGAGAGCUCGCAUGCUUGGAUAAAGAAGCCCGCGCACGGCAGUGGAUCGAAAAUGACAGCGGCCACGGACAGCCCGCGCGACGAUUUGAUGAGCUGAUCACGCUUAACAUGUCGCCUGAGUGUCAGUACGCUUUUAGGUAUUGGCUGUUGCAUCUUGAGGAAUCAUACGACUCCUUUAUCAGAGUCGUGGAGGGAAAGUUCCAGAAAUACCUGAUCGAUUAUUGCCGCGCGCUCCUGUAUCUUGAAGGUUGGAUCGGAUGCUACCGGGCCAUGCAGUGUUUGGACCAUCAUUUGACGGAAUUUAAGCGGCAGGCUCAUUCUCCGGCCGAGGAUAUGUGGGCUCUAAAACAGGGGGUAUUUUUGCUGUUAGAAGCCCUACAGUACAAUCAGAAGGUCCUAGACGACAGACCUUGGCACUUUCCGGACAUCUGGCAUGGCAUCCUCGAAGACUUAGGCCUCUUCCUCAAUUGAAUAUUUGGCGGUCUUGCUAGUCUUACUAGGAAGGACAUAGGAAAAAUAUCUAGACCGUUGGUAUAUACAGAGGACUAGUGACCAACUACAAUUGAAAUAGCG